UGUUAACCCCGCACUUUUCCAUGACUACGCAGCGCAUAAGAGUACCAGUAACUGAAAUGCCUGCCCAAAUGAAAUACGGCCUGUGGUGUAAUCGCCCUACAAGUCGCCAGGUAAUUUCCUUCGACGAUAGCAGCGAAACCAUUGAAUGUUUUAAUCAACGGAAAAAUGAAACCCGGGAGGAAAUGGCGGCCAAUCGUCGCCUAAAUGAUAGAACCAUUUGGAGAUCUGUCGUUGGACCUUCAAAUCCAAAUCUUAGACCGACGCCUACAUAGAUGCUUGCAUUGGCACGGAAGCUAUAUGGUCAACUCUAAAUGAACUAGUAGGCAAGCUGACCUCAGGUAAAUAUCGGAGCAUCCGCCGAACAGGUAUAUUGCUUUCAGGGUCUUCGAUGCUCACAGCCAAGCCCACUACUUCAGCAAGGGAGAUAUUCG